ACCCCCCCGGUGACCCCGGCAUGGCCGCGGACUCGAACGUGCGGUUCUCGCUGCUGCAGCGGACGUGUCAGCUGGUGGUGCUGCUGUGUCUGGUCCACAUCUCCGUCACAGUCUUCUUCUACGUCCGCUCUCUGGACGGGAAACCCGCCUUCGUCCAGAACCAGCAGACCCACAACGUGUCCACGCAGCAGAACCAGCUCAGGAACCCAAAGGUCACCACCGGAACCGAACCAAACGGGACCGAGAGCCAGAAGGAGGAGCCAGUGGAGGAGAAGAAGCUGGAGAAAUGCCCAGAAACAUCUCCUCUGCUGGUUGGUCCUCUGCGGGUGGAGUUCAACACUCCGGUGACCCUGGAUCAGAUCCAUAAGGAGAACCCGAACCUUCAGCUGGGGGGACGCUUCAGACCCAGAGACUGUGUCUCCCUGAUGAAGGUGGCCAUCAUCAUCCCCUUCAGGAAGCGAGACGAGCACCUGAAGUUCUGGCUCUACUACCUGCACCCCAUCCUGCAGAGACAGCAGCUGGACUACGGGGUCUACGUCAUCAACCAGGACGGAGACCAGGUGUUUAACCGGGCUAAGCUUCUGAACGUGGGCUACCUGGAGGCCCUGAAGGACUACGACUACGAGUGCUUUGUGUUCAGUGACGUGGACCUGAUCCCCAUGGACGACCACAACACCUACAAGUGCUUCAGUCAGCCCCGACACCUGUCCGUGUCCAUGGACAAGUUCGGCUUCAGGUUACCUUAUAAUCAGUAUUUUGGAGGCGUGUCCUCGAUGAGUAAAGAACAUUACCUGAAGAUCAACGGCUUCCCCAACAACUACUGGGGCUGGGGAGGAGAGGACGACGACAUCUUCAACAGGCUGUCCUCUCGAGGCAUGUCCAUCUCCAGACCCAGUGGAGAUGUGGGGAAGUGUAGGAUGAUCCGCCACGAGAGAGACCAGAAGAACGAUCCCAACCCUCAGAGGUUCGACCGGAUCGCUCACACCAGAGAGACGAUGUCUAAAGACGGGAUCAAUUCUUUGUCCUACCGUGUGGUGAAGAAGGAGAACCUUGACCUCUUCACUAAGAUCACAGUGGACGUCGGGAAACCAUGACGACGGGCAGAGGUCGGCUGACUGGUUCUGGUUCUGGUUCUGGUUGCAAAUAUCAGCUUGAUUUUUGCACAAACGGACUGACAGUCUUCUGGGACUUGUCUCUGAUUGGAAGAUGACCGUAGCCAAUCGGCUGCCUCCGUCAGAAUAUAUCAAAAUCAGUCGAAGACAAUCAGAGCUGCUGGGUCCACAAUACUUAUUGAUCCUCCUCAUCUUCAAAAACCAAUCAUAUCCCACAAUACUUAUUGAUCCUCCUCAUCUUCACCAAUUAAACUUUCACUUGUAGAUUUAACCUCCAUUCAUCCAGCAGGACAGUUAGGAUCUACUGAUGACAUCUUCCUGUAAGUCGCUUUGGAUAAAAGCGUCUGCUAAAUGACUGUAAUGUAAUCAUCAUCAUCAUCAUCAUCAUCAUCAUCAAUACUUUUCAGAGAUGUCUUCUGAACUUUCAUUUUGUAAAGUCGCGGCAGUGAACAUGAACAGAGACUCUUCCUCCUCCAGCCAAUCACAGCCCUGUAUUUAAAGACAAUCACUGACGUACAACAGGUUUAUUAAUCUUUUCCUCAUUUGUUCAUUCACAAAGCCUCAGUGUGGAUCCUAUAAAUGAGACCCCCAGUCUGAUCCGGAUCCUGGGUCCUGAUCCGGAUCCUGGGUCCUGGUUCACAAUGAAUCCUGGUUCUCAACCAGAUGACUGAGGUUUGUGUAAGAUCCUCUUAAAGGGACAGUCGUGUUAUCGUGUGUUUGUAUGAGGCUCUUCUACUACAGUAGAACCAGACCGGAGUAUCAGUGCAAAGCAAUGUACUG